CCUGUUCAUUUGCAAAGCCACUUAGAAAGCAGGAGGAAUAAGAGCUAUUUUGAUGUCUGCUUUAAAGUGAUUGAAGUAUGGCUGCUCAGGCAGAAGAAGCAGCUCAAACUGCAGGUCUAAGACAUCCCAAACCUGGAAGUAAGAGUAUGACGGCCCCAGAAAUGAGAAAUCAGGGGAAUAAGGAGCUGCCAUGUCUUAGUGCACAUGCUCUGUGGAAAGAGUGUUUUUAUGAAAAGAUACAGCAGAGGUGUCUGAGUCUGCAGGAGAUAAAGGUGAAGAUGAUUUGUGCACAAAAGGCAGAAGAAGAAAAGGUAAAGAAGAGAGAACCCUGUGACCAGCUGUCCAAGGAGUGGUUCAGUGAAGAGAAAGAGACACUAGAUACUCGCAUCUAUUUGCUUGACAAACUCCUACCUACAUUAAUCCCAGGAGUAGAAAAACUGUUAAUGGAAGUGAAAAGAAAGAAUGUGUUUGCACCAGACAAAGAAUCAACAAAAUUUAACCCCUUAAUUUUCCUUGGGGAGUAUCUGAUGACACAUAACCCUCAGUAUAAUAUUUCUACAAAACCAGGUCCGUAUUUGAGAGGAAUGAAGAUGGUCACAGAGGAGCUAAAAACUGAGAUGCCAGGAUCAAUAUCAGGGAGGCUGGCCAGGAUGAAGGCUGAGGCAAAGAACAAACGUAAGGACAGGGAGCAGGCGGACAAUCUGAAGUCUCAAGUGAAAGAGAUGAGAAAGGAGGCACUGGCAAUUCAGUUCAAAGAGUGGACAGUGGAUGCCAGUGGCAGUAUACCAUUGGCUCUGGUCCAGCAUGCCCUUAAGUCUUUUCCAGAUGCCAUUGUUUCUACUCCCAUAGAUGUGAGAAAAGCAAUCUGUGACAAGCUGGAAAUCACAGACACUUUGGAAAAAAAAGUAAACAUAGAUGUAUUCACAGAGUAUGUCCAUUUCUACACUGAACAUUUUUCAAAUGACGUGUUCCAAGAAAUCCUGAAGCACCUCUGUCAGUGUGCUGAUGACUUCCAAGAGACAAUAAGACGUGAUAUGUGGAGGCAAAUGUUUACUGAUCUCUUCUUUGCUUGUGAUUAUAGAAAGGUUGGUCUCCUAGAUAGACAAAAAAUACUUGCCUUGCUGGUAGACUUUUAUGCCAGAAGUCCAGUGGUUGCCAAGAAGGGAUUCUGUAACCCAAGACAAUGGCCAAUAAUUGAGCUGCAAGAGACUGAGCUUGUGGAUUUAUGGGGAGGCCUUGAUGGACAGGAAGUUUGUGAGGAGCUCAGUGAAAAGUUACCUUUGUCUCAAACAGGAAUUUCAGAGAGAGACAUUUUAGCAAAUGAACCUGUAGGUGGUAAUAGACAAAGCACCAGAGAAGGUGUUUUUGAACAAACAGGCAUGAGUGAAGCUGAGACUGGAGGAAUUUCUAGAGAAGAAAACCAAGCAGCAGAAUCAAAUGAUGCUGAAGAUGCGCCAGUUGCAGAAGUUGUGAAAGAAGUGCCUGCAAGAAAAGAGAGUUUUUCUAGGCAGCACGGCAGCCAAUUUGGCCAACAGACACGCUCAGAGAAAAGACUGCAGGACCUUCUGCAAGACCAGGGUAAAGACCUACAUCCCUUCAUGGCAGAGAUUCAGAAUUGUUGGGCUUCUCAUACUAGGAGUGCCUUUGAUGAAAGCUGCCUCAACCUGCCACAGUUUGUACAGCUCAUGGAGACAUUUGUUGGUGAAGACAUUUCUCUGCCUACAAUGAAGAGGCUUAUUGCAUUUAUCAAAGAAGAAUACAGACAGACAAAAGAGGAAAAAAUUAAACAACUAGAAAGAGUUCACCGCAUCUCUCGCUUGGCCCAACGGAAACUGCUGCUGGAGGCACUUUUCCAAAAGUGGGACAAGGAUGCAUCAGGGUUUCUGGACCUGGAAGAGAUGGAUGCUGUUCUAAGCACAUUCAAGGAAGGGACAGAAAAAGAGGCCUUGACAAAGGCAAAGAAAGACCUCUGCUCCUGUUACUCCCAGCUCAGCAGAGUGGGGAAGCUAUCCCCAAAGGCAUUCCAGACCUUCCUUGAGUUAAUUGCUUCCAAGCUCUCUGGCAAUGAGGAUGAAACUAUUGAUAACCUGGUGGCAUUUCUGACCACAAGUGUGGAACGGAGUCACAUGGAGUGCCUGCAAAGCUUAACCAGGAGAAAAUGGCUGCAUGAUAUCCAGCAAGCAGCUGAGACCAGUGGAGGAAGCAUGGGACCAGUUUACCAAGCAGUGUUCAAGGCCCUUUCCCAGGAUGCAGAAGCCCAUGGGGGUAACAAGAAGAUCAGUGCAUAUAUUGCCCUUUUGGAAGAGAACCAGCAAUCACCAGAGCGGGGACAGAUUCUCCUACACUAUGUGGCAUGUACCACAGACGAUGCACCAUAUGUACUAAACCAGAUACUUUACAGAGACAUGAAGGGAGUAAGCUUUGUAGCUGUUGAAGAGGCAAAGCCAAUCCAUGUUCCAAGAGUUCAGCUCCAUGGAAAUAUCCACUUCUGGAACUACGACCGCACAGUGGAGGAGAGAAAAGGUUCACUCCUGGUGUUGCCACUGCACGAUGCUCGCUGGAGAGUCUUUGGCAUUCUAGGCCUUGACACUCUUCGGGACCCUUGUGAGGAAACCAUCUUUCUGGCCCAUGAGAUCAGUUUCUAUCAGGGAGUUUCUCAUGCAUUCAGCAAAGCCUACCACCAUAUCUGUGCAUUGGAAAAUGUUCUACAAAUGACUGUGACUGCCGUGGACUGGUUGUAUCCCAGGGCACCCAGCAUUCACACUGUUACUACAUACAUGGUGGAGCCUGGCAAAGACAAGACAUGGGACUAUGCUCUGCGUAAGAUGCUCACUACAGAUAGGACAGGAAAAAAAGAAACUCAUAGCUCUCCUGCUCUUCUCCUUAGAAAAGAAAAUCUCCUAAGAGAUUACCUAUUUAAGUGCAUAGACAGCUCAGAGGUCACUCGCACUUCUGUUGAUGGAGAAUACCACAUUGCAGUACCUCUCCGUGACCUAUCAGGACAAGCUCUUGGUGUAUUUGAUAUCAGCAUCGGACACCGCCAGAAAUUACCACCUUAUGAACACAAAGACCUGCAGAAAAUGCUGAAGGCGGCUCAAGCUGCCUGUUUGGAGAUACUGAAGAGGUCCUUAGAGGAAACAAAACCAAUCUACGUACUGGAGGCAGAACACAUGGCAAAUCUGAGGCACGCAGGGAUUCUGUUCCACCGGUUCAUGCUGCAGGACCUGCAAGAGUGUGUCCAGAAGCUCAAUGCUGAGAGCUUUGCUGAAAUCAAGAGCUAUGUAGAACCACCAGCUCUGGUAUAUGACAUAGUUAAGGCUGUGCUGUUGCUUUUACAUCCAAACUGGAAGGGCUCAGAGAAGACUGAGAACUGGAGUCAGUGUAAACUGAGACUUGAUGACAAUUUGAUUCAGAAGAUUUAUUGCUUUGAUCCAACUGCUGCAUCUGUGCAAAUUCAAGAGGAGCUGCUGCUGGACUGCAUCACUGGUGUUCCCAGAGCAGCAGUGUGGCAGCAUGGCUCAGCUCCAGCCUGGUACCUGUACCACUGGGUACACACCUGCCUGGCACUAGCAGAGAUCACAAGGAGCCUACGCAGUAAAAAUACCCCUUCUUGAGCCCCUUUUGGCAUACAAGUGUAACGUGUUGCAUCCAGUUCUAGUGUGCCUCCA